AUGGAGUCAUAUUCUAAUAAAGAAUAUGCCGACAUUAUGUACUGUUUUGCUGACGGCAACGCUGCUGGGGCUCAUAGAGAAUAUCAACGUUGCUUUCCUGAUCACCGGCUUCCCCACGUUUCUGUCUUCGGAGCUACCUAUCAAGGAUUAAAUGAAAGCAGCACUAUUCAUAGAAAUCAAGUAGAUACUGAUAGACCACGACGUUUAAUGGCUGACGAUGAAGAAAUAAUUGUGCAACAUUUUAUUUACCACCCUAACGUUGUGGUACACUGGCUCGAUAUGUCCGAAUGGAAGCCCACUUCCGGUUAUCUGUUAGAAGAGUGGCUAAAUACCCAAACAGGUGGUUUGGGAGGGGAGGGCUAA